AUGAACAGAAUCUUCCAUCCAUAUCUGGAUAAGUUUGUUGUUGUGUUUAUUGACGACAUUCUUAUCUAUUCUAAGAACGAGGAUGAGCAUGCAGAACACUUGCGAACAAUACUACAAAUCCUGAAGGAUAUGAAGUUGUAUGCUAAGUUUUCCAAGUGCGAGUUCUGGAAGUCGGAAGUGAAAUUUCUUGGCCACGUGGUGAGUAAGCAAGGAAUAGCAGUGGAUCCUGCUAAGGUUGAGGCGGUGAUGAAUUGGGAGCGGCCAACUUCAGUGACGAAAAUCAGGAGUUUCUUAGGCUUGGUGGGUUAUUAUCGGAGGUUCAUCAAAGGGUUUUCACAGCUCGCUUUGCCCUUGACCAAGCUGACCAGGAAGGAUGUUUCUUUUGUAUGGACUCCCGAGUGCGAGGAGAGUUUCCUUGCCUUAAAUUAG